AUGAAGCUUAUACCUGUAUUAAUAUUUGUAUCAAUAAAAUUGGCGUUUAGCACCAACUCGAUUUUGUUUGGACCCGGAUAUCCAAGUAGAUUUGCAUGCGUCUCAGAUGCGUACUCACUUGAGUCUUCACUUUACAAGUUACCGAAGGAGUUUGUAGAUAAGUAUAAUAAAGUUGCACUCGACGUUUCUAGAGUUGUGGAGCUCCCAGAGGAGGUUGGAAUUGACAGAGAAUUAGUUGAAAGUGGUCUAACUUUGUUCGACGAAAGCAAGGUUCUUAGAAAUGGUUUGGUAUAUACCUCAAUUGAGUACAGUCUCCAACGACAUAUUGCCAGGGAUUAUGUCUCCUCACAAAUGGUACUCGCCUCACUCAAUGGUUUGAAGACAAUUUCGUACAUCAGCAACGUUCUCAGAGCAUUCGCAAGGUCUAACAUAACCAAAUACAAUACAAAACUGACAGACGAGGCCAAGUAUGGACUUUGCUCGGCUUUUGUUUACGGCGAUGUUGCAGAUGCUUUGGACGAUUACAGAACCAAACAGCUCCAGAAAAUAAGGGCAGAAAACAAGAGAAUCACUCAUAACAUCAGUCAACUGGGAAGAGUCAAGAGCACUGGAAACAUGUGGCUGCUCACUGGAAGUGCCAUGGUUAACUGUAUCAACACACUGUUCGUAAUCAUGUCAAUGAUCGCCAUUUCAAUGAUUUAA